AUGGUGGCCCAACUCCCCUGUGACGGCGACGGCGUGUGCAUGGUCUGCGGCGCGAAAGGAGAGACGCUUUCCUGUAAGACGUGCGCAACGCCAUGGCACAUCAUUUGUCUCGCCGCUCCCCCGGAAACCCUAGCCGAGGCAGCCCAAUGGGACUGCCCCGACUGUUCCGGCGCCGCUACUGAAUCGGCCGUCCACGGCGGAGGAGGCCUCGUUGACAGGAUCCGCGAGAUCGAGUCCGAUGAUUCGCUGACGGAUCGGGAGAAAGCGUUGAAACGGCAGGAGCUUUUGAGCGGGACCGCCGGAGGCCAUGGUGAUGUCAGUGAUGAUAAAGAUGGUGAUGCUGGAGGGCUUUUGGGGUUAUUGGGUGAUAAGUUCAAUUGCUCCAUUUGCAUGCAGCUACUGGACAAGCCUGUCUCUACUCCUUGUGGCCACAACUUUUGCUUGAAAUGCUUCCAAAAAUGGAUUGGGCGGCAGGAGCAGUGCAAGAAGAGCUGUGCUAUGUGUCGAAAGCAGAUUCCUGAAAAGAUGGCAAGGGAGCCUCGAAUUAACUCUGCUAUUGUUAUGGCCAUUAGGAUGGCUAAACUUUCCCAGACAAAUGUUUCAGAAGGCAUCCCAAAGGUCUAUCCAUUUAUCCGCAACCAAGAUCGUCCAGACAAAGCUUUCACUACUGAGCGUGCACGAAAAGCUGGGAAGGCUAAUGCAUGCAGUGGGAAGAUAUUUGUCACAGUUCCUCUUGAUCAUUUUGGUCCAAUUACAGUGGAGAAUGACCCAGAAAGAAAGCUGGGAGUCUUGGUUGGGGAAACAUGGGAAGAUCGGAUGGAAUGCAGGCAAUGGGGUGCCCACUUUCCUCAUGUUGCCGGAAUCUGUGGUCAGGCAGAUCAUGGUGCUCAGUCAGUUGCUUUGUCUGGAGGUUAUGAAGAUGACGAGGAUCAUGGGGACUGGUUCCUCUACACUGGAAGUGGUGGACGUGAUCUUAGCGGGAAUAAAAGGACAAACAAGUUACAGUCUUUCGACCAGACAUUUACAAAACUUAAUGAAGCUUUGCGAGUCAGUUGCAAACAGGGUUAUCCAGUACGUGUGGUGAGGUCCCAUAAAGAGAAACGUUCUUCGUAUGCACCUCAAGAAGGCGUACGUUAUGAUGGGAUUUACAGGAUUGAAAAGUGUUGGCGCAAGAAUGGAGCUCAGGGUUUUAAGGUCUGCCGCUAUCUUUUUGUUCGUUGUGAUAAUGAUCCUGCUCCAUGGACAAGGCUAGUUGAUACCCAUGGAGACCGUCCGAGGUCAUCGCUGCCUCCUGUUCCGGAGUUGAAGAAAGCUACUGACAUCACUCAAAGAAAAGGGAUUCCUGCAUGGGAUUAUGACGAGCAACGGGGUCUAUGGAUGUGGAAGAGACCUCAACCAGAAAGUAACAAAGGAUUCAGUGAGUGUAAUGAUGAUGACCAGAGUACCAAGAAAAGAAAACGUCAGAAGUCAAAGGGCUCUGUGAAAGAAAGGCUUCUGAAAGAAUUUAGCUGCCUUAUCUGUCGGAAAGUGAUGGAUCUUCCACUCACCACUCCAUGUGCUCAUAACUUCUGCAAGGCUUGCUUAGAGGGUGCCUUUGCUGGUCAGUCCUUUGUUAAAGAUAGGACAUGUGGAGGGAGGUCACUGCGGGCACAGAAGAAUGUUAUGAAAUGCCCGGCUUGCAUAAAUGAUAUAUCUGAAUUCCUUCAGAAUCCCCAGGUCAACCGGGAGUUGAUGAAUGUGAUUGAAUCACUGCAGAAUCAAAUGAAGGAGGAGAGCUUAUUAGAUGCCGAUGAUAAUAAUGCUGAUGAUAAUAACGCUAAUGAUAAUGAUGCAGAUGAUAUUGCUGAAAAUAAUAAUGAAGACGAGUGCAUGCUGGUAACAGACAAUAGUGAUACAGCCGUGGUGGAACUUUCCGAACAUGUAUGCAUUUCCAAGAAAAAGAAAGCUGAUUCUGAGGCUGUUGAUGCAGAAGAAGGUUGUCGUGCUGGAGCAGGAGUUCAAGAUGUUAAAGAGUUACCAUGA